CGGUUUUACGAUUUCCUCGCAGCAGAUACGCACCUCGCUAUCGAGUUUUGCUGAUAACGAACUAGCUACGUCAACAUGAGACGGUGAAGGGACGUGAUAUUCCCGGUCAACAGCGGCCAGCAGCACUACGGACUAAUGUUUAGUCUAGUGUACUCGUCUCGUCUAGCGACAGCUCUUGGACGGAUCGUGCGCGACUGGUGACUGCGGUUGGUGGAUCGGAUUCGGUGUCACUAGUGAAUUGGUCAGCGCACGCAUGGGUUGGGCAUCGGGCCGUUCGCGCAUCCAUCUUCUAUCGCCGGUGAAGGUUCGCCCGAAAAUACCACCUUACGGUGGAUCUUGUGAUCGGUGAUCGAAAAUCGACGUCAUUUUGUGGGGCGUGAAUUUCGUUGCAGUCACACCCGGGACCGUGACCGAGUGAGUGCGCUUGCGAGCAGGCAUUUUGCGUAAUAUUCCGAUACUCGCCGCUGUGUCCGCUAGAAUUCGUGUACCAUCCGUCCGUCCGUCCGGUUCGCUAUCUCAUCGAGACUCCCGUAGUAGGAACACACAAAUACCGAGGGACGGGCUUAUCGGACCAUUAGCCGAACCGAACGGUAUAGUUAUCGGUCCCGUAGGGAUCGGUCCUUCGGUACGCGGUUCCGUACAGUGCAAGGUGAAUCCAUCAACGAGUGCUGAUAACCGAAAGCUUCCGGGAUAUAUAGGGGGGGGGUGCAGGGGCAUCAAGUACCUGCUGCUGGUGGUGCUACUCAUGAGUACUUCGGUGCCGGUGUCGUGGCCUUCGAGGCGAAAUCGCGAGUGACCAGGGCCUGUCUUCGACCCGCAGUUUCGGGCGGUUAGUCGCGCCUGGACGGGCCAUGUUCGCACAUUGCCAAGGUGGGCGCACAUUAGACCUUCAGUGACAGUGAUCUCGUGAGAAGCAGAACAUCAUGGCUCGGCGAUCGUCGCCCGUUGUGUUAAGCUGGUGGCUAAUUGUAGUGUUGGUGCUGUUGCAGCAGCAGCAGCUACAGCCGGUGAACGGUGGCGUCGGAAGUGGCAAGCACUUGGAGGGUACGUACGAGGAGUACGAUGAUGAGGGACCCUACCAUCGACCGAUCGUGGUGCCGAGCGAAGGAGACUACAACUAUGACUACGAUGGGCUGGACCAGCCGGUGCAUCCAGUGGCCACACCUGCCGGCGAGAACACUACGCAAGAGCUUCCGAUUCUACUGCACGGUGAAUUCGGUGAACUGCAUGAUCCACCGCCCAGUGAUAUCGAGCAGCUGUUGAACGAAAAGCCGGUACUUCCGGUACAGGAAGUGCAAAGAAGUGACCAUAAUCUGACCAACAUGACUACGUCAGAGGUGAUACCGUCUACUACGGAGCAGGUGCCGGCGGUUGACGAGGAUUGCAGCCGAUAUCAAAAACUGCCAGUUCAACCGAUGUACGUUAACAGCACCGCGAGCGUGAUAAGAAAGUGUUGCCCAGUCGGUCAGCGUAUGCUGCACGAUGGUACCCGGUACGUGGAGUGUGGAAAGGAUGAUUUCGAUUCGGGCCCAAUAAGUCCGACCUUUGAGCUGAAAGCGAUCGUGGCCCAGCUGCACGAGGGUUGCAUUGAAGAUCGCGAAGAGGAGAUUAAUCUGCGCGUGCUAGCUGGUGAACCGUGCCCGAUGGAUUACGGAUUGAUUGCCUACGGUAAGCGUACCAAGGAUACGCUGUACGUGAUCCAGAACGGUUCGCUACUCGUGGUGCUCGAUCAGAUGCUGGAGUACUACAUCUACAAUGCGUACUGCCUGGAUUACGAUCCGGCGGAUGCUUCAGUAAUGGCGUACGUCUGUGUUUCGGAUGUGGCGCUGUCUCCGGACGUGUUUAAUGGUCAGAUCGUAAUGCUAACACUGUGUCUCAUCAUGGCGGUGCCGCUGCUACUGGCUACUGCCUUUUUUUACUACGUCAUUCCCGAGCUGCACGACGUACAUGGUAAAGCGUUGGCUAUGAACUGCGUUAAUUUCGCCGUCGCAUUGCUACUGGAAACGUACUUUCAAUACCGCACGCAUGGCCACCGGCUGGACUCGGAUGAGGUUGUGCUAGAAAGUUACGCCGAGUACUUCAUACUGGCCACCUUCUUCUGGCUCAUGGUGAACAUCGCCAACAACUGUUUCCAUGCUUGGUACUUUUUGCCAAAACGCCAAACGCCGACAAGUGAGCGGAAACGAUUCCUACUAUACGCGAUCAUUGCACAGCUAGUGCCCUUGUUUAUCAUCCUGACAUGGGGUGCGACGUCAACCGGUGGUCGCGCUGUUAAACAUUACUUCUUUGUGCCGAUCAUUGUGGUGCUGAUACUUAAUCAGAUACUGCUGGUCGCGACGAUGGUGGGCCUGGGUCGAGUUAAAGGGCAACACUUUGACAAUAUUGAGGUCCGGAAUCGUUUGAUAGCGGCGAAUCAGGAACCGAAAGCGAUGCAAAUUUCCUUGAUCGCGUGUGAUCGGCUCAACAAGGUUAUCUAUAUGAACAAGUACACCUCAUUACUGUACACGGUGAUGACCGUUGUAUGGGUUGCAACGAUUUGCACCUACUACCUAACGGGAGAGAUCCCCAUCUUCUUCGACAUUCUGUUCGGCUUCCAGGGGAUAUUCAUGUUUGUAAUCUUCAUCUGCAUGCGGAAACCGUUCCGUGUGGUGCAGAAUUGGUUCUCACGCAACGGUUACUGUACGGCGUGCUGUUACACCGAGCCACAGCAAACAGAAGAAGCACCACCCCAGAGGAUGGUUCACGCCCGUCAGGCAACAGUGCUGGAACUGGAACCCAUAGUCAGCGUUAGACGAGUGCAACCAGUGGCAGCGGAAAUGAAUGGUUCGGCAAAGUGUGCACCAGACGAGCAGUGCAGGGGUGGCCACGUAGCAAGUAUCAAACACAAACGCACCAGAAAUCCGUUUAAGUACGUGCCCCACGAUUCCUGUACCCAUGAACCGCAAACACGGCCCGGGUGUUGAUUGAUCAACAACGCCACGCUAGGCAUAGGUUACGUUUUAAGUAUUCGACCAAUUUUAAAUACAUACAAAACACCAUUCACACCAUACAAAUAACUGCAGCUGGGUCGUUGAUACGUGGUUUCAUUUGGAAAACCGUUCCAUUUAUUUUGGUCAAUCCUGUACAUGAAGCACAACAGAAUUCUACUACUUUUAAGAAAAUGUGUUUUUUCCUGCUCGCUAGGUGUGAAUCCGGUUUGCGACACUUGGCUUGUAACGGGUUGCAGCGGCAUAUAACACAUUCCUAUUGUCCUUCUCUAGCUCCAUCUUAAAUCGUAGCUAAAAAAGGUACCCGUUGCAGCUUUGUCUAAGCGGGUGCUAUAGGCAUCUAAGAGGGAAGCACAUUGAAUAGACAAAUAGAAAUGGAAAAAAACACCAACAAUCGGAUCGUUACAGCUACACCGCGCGGGGAAAAGUGCUAAAAUUAAUCGAGUAAAAUACACAACAAACUGUACAAAACAACAUAAAAGCAACCAGCAAAACUGCACUAUCGGUCAACGCCAUUCUCCGUUGUACUUAGUAUAGUAGGAAGGAUUUGAAUUUUAAGGGACAUUGUUUUUGUUUUUAGGACAUGAUCGAAUAAAAUUGAGCUUCAGAAGCUUCUGGCUUUCGGAGA